CAUCAUGCAACAACAAGUAGCCCAACAGAAACAGGAAGGAUUCACAAGCGGAUCCAGAAUGACAGCAGCCAUCCAGUGUUUCCUCCUGGCCGGUGCAGUGCUGGUGGCUGCUGGCAGCCAAAUUCACGACUCCAACAAUGGGACCAUACCAGUGGUGCUGUGGCAUGGAAUGGGUGACAGCUGUUGUAACCCUCUCAGCAUGGGAGCGAUGAAGAAGAUGAUCGAGGAGGAGAUCUCUGGCGUUUACGUGCUCUCACUGAUGAUUGGGAAAAACGUCAUACAGGACACAGAAAAUGGGUUUUUCAUGGAUGUGAAUGAGCAGGUGUCUGAGGUGUGCAGUCAGCUGGCUCAGGACCCCAAGUUGAAGGGAGGAUACAAUGCCAUGGGCUUCUCCCAGGGGGCGCAAUUUCUGAGGGCCGUGGCUCAGCGCUGUCCCUCUCCUCCAAUGAAAACCCUGCUCUCCAUCGGCGGUCAGCACCAAGGAGUGUACGGGCUGCCCAGGUGUCCCGGAGAGAGCUCUCAUAUCUGUGACAUGAUUCGCAAAGCUCUGAACAGUGGAGCUUACUCUGACCUGGUUCAAAAACACCUGGUGCAGGCGCAGUACUGGCACGACCCGUUAAAUGACGACCUGUACAAGAAGCACAGCCUGUUCUUGGCCGACAUCAAUCAGGAAAGGGGAGUAAAUGAGACAUAUAAGAAGAAUCUUCAGCUGCUGGAAAAGUUCGUCAUGGUCAAGUUCCUGCAGGACACUGUAGUGGAUCCUGUUGAUUCUGAGUGGUUCGGCUUCCUGAAAACCGGCCAGGCCAAAGAGACGGAGACUCUGCAGGAGAGCGUUCUCUACAAAGAGGAUCGUUUGGGCCUGGCGGCGAUGGACAAGGCCAAAAAGCUGGUUUUCUUGGCAACUGAGGGAGACCACCUCCAGUUCACCAGAGAGUGGUUCAAUGCAAACCUGCUGCCUUAUCUGCGCUAAAAACACUGGUGAUACUGAUGGAAUCCAGGCAGUGAAAUUGGGAGUAAAAUGAAGUAUCAGCUUCAAUAACCUGAAAUUGAAUCGUUUGAAGAGCAAUAUAAUGCAAGUUAAGAGUAAACUGGAUCUUAGUAACAAAAGCAGGGAUGCAGAGAGCACAUACUUCAUACAUUCAUAUUUGCACUGAUCACUUGUUGCAUGUCGAUGUUGUUUUUCUGAUGCCAUAUUAAUUUUAGCAGCUAAUUCGUGUUAGUCCACUGCUGUACUACUAACACUAGACUCAAAUGUUAUGUUCAGUGUGAGCUCUCCUGAUAAGGUCAAUUUUUUUUUUUUUUUUAAUAGAAAAAUCUUGUGUUAACAGCCUAAUGUACAUAAUUUGCAUCUGUACAUAUUACAUGUUGAAUCCAAUAAAGACACCAAAAUGUGUUCAUUUUA